UUAACUGAACUAACCAACCGUCGACGACACACAGAUUUCCCGGCGAAAAUAGAAAGCUCUACUUUUGGAGUUUCUUUUGCGCCGUGAGAAUCGACCAAGUGACCAAUAUUGGUGCUCUAACAACCUGAGACAAGGUGGUAAUGGCACUGUUAGGGUGUUGUGUUCCAGUUUUUCUAUCAAUUAACAAGCCUCUGGAGAAGCGACUUGAAAUCCAAAAGUGCUUGCCCACCAUGCCUUGUACUCAGAUAAAGAAAAAGAGCUUCAAAGCUUUGGCGACUGGUUUAGAUGGUGCCCCUGGGAAUUCUACCUUCUCAACAGCAUCAAUUACUGAGUCCAUUGCUUCUCUGAUAAAUGGAGUGGACUUAUCUGAAGAGGAAGCCGAAGCUUUUCUUAAUUAUGUAUUGAAUGAAGCAAAUGACACAUUGAUCAGUGCCUUUCUUGUUCUCUUGAGGGCCAAAGGAGAGACAUUUCAAGAAAUUGUAGGAUUAGCAAGGGCCAUGAUCAACUGCUGUAGGAGGGUCGAAGGGAUAGGUGAUGUGGUUGACAUUGUUGGAACAGGUGGUGAUGGGGCAAAUACAGUUAACAUCUCAACAGGGGCAUCUAUUCUAGCUGCAGCUUCUGGUGCAAAAGUUGCAAAGCAAGGAAACAGAUCCAGUUCUUCUUCUUGUGGAAGUGCUGAUGUACUGGAAGCACUGGGAGUGGCCAUUGACUUGAACCCUGAGGGGCUGAAGAGGUGCAUACAAGAAGUAGGGAUUGGUUUUAUGAUGUCCCCAAAAUACCACCCAGCAAUGAAAGUCAUUGCUCCUGUAAGGAAAAAACUUGAAGUGAAGACUGUGUUCAAUAUCUUGGGUCCUAUGUUGAAUCCAGCACGGGUUCCUUUCACAGUUGUUGGUGUGUAUAACGAAAAUAUAGUCACGAAAAUGGCUAAAGCACUACAAAGGUUUGGAGUAAAAAGAGCAUUAGUUGUUCAUUCAGAGGGUUUAGAUGAAAUUAGUCCUCUUGGACCUGGACUAGUGGUGGAUGUUACUCCUGAAAAGAUCGAGAACUUUCCAUUUGAUCCAUUGGAGUUUGGUAUUCUUCGCUGCAGCCUAGAAAGUUUGCGGGGGGGAGGCCCGGAGUAUAAUGCAAAGGUACUAAGGUGUGCACUAUCUGGUCAGAGAGGCCCUAUUGCAGAUGCAUUUUCAUUUAAUCUGAAUGAUUCUCUCCGAAAAAUCAAUAAGGUUCUAAAUGCUGCAGCAGCCCUCCUGGUCAGCGGGUGUGUGACCAGUUUAGCUGAAGGUGUUGUUGUGGCUCGUGAAACACAUCUCUCAGGGAAUGCCCUCAAAUUACUCGAAUCUUGGAUAGAUAUCUCUAACAAAGUGAAAGAAGGUGCAAUCACAGUUGCUUGAUUUUUGGCCAAAUGAGUUGGUUAUUGUAUCCCAUUGUUCAGUAUCGCUUUCUCAAGCUACAUCUUUCACUGAGAGAGUAUGCAUUUAAGCUGCCGGAUGAUUGCAUCCAUUUUCUUUUCAUAUUGAUCACUUGCAUACCGUAAGCUGCGAAUGAUUUGCAGGUAAACAUUUGUGAAGGAUGGGGAUGUAAAAAAUACCAUAGUAAUGACUAUAACUUAUAAACUAUCUUUUUUUUUUCAUAUUAAUAGAUUUGUUCAGUAA